ACAAGCUUGGAACUUGAUGCCACGUACGACACGGAUGUCGCCAAAAUGAGCUUGCUGCGGCACAACAGGGCGCGGCAUCAAAUCCUGGAGAGAUCUCUUGUCGGAUCUGGAAUCAGCCAAGAUCACCACAAUCCUACGAGGCGCAGGAAAGCCAGCUUGAUAUAACAGCAGUUUUAUGCCUUAAUCUAGAUACUCCCGGUGGGAUCUGCGUACUGAAUCAACUUGAAUCAUUCACUUCACCGACUCCAAAAGGUUCAGACAAUCCGAUUUGCGUCUGGAAUGAUACAACAGUCUAAGCAGUGCAGCUUCAUCAAACACUAUGACAAUGUCGACCUCGGCUACUGAUGGGUUUGCUACCAGUUCGGAAAGCACCAGUCACGACGACACAGCCAAUACAGUUAAGACGAGCUUCACCGCUAUUUCGAUCGGCUGGAUCGUCGGCAUCGUCGUUAUAUUAGUCUUCACAAUCGGCUGCGUCGUUGUAUUCUUCUGCGUAAUCCACAAACGCAACAAAAGGAAGCGAGAGACGCAGGAACAAAUGGCCAAGUUCAAUCCACAAAACAUAGCGAUGUACAACAACAGCGCACCAUAUCAGUAUGCGAUGCAGUCGGGCACCACAAACACAACUGCAGCAGUACCUUCGCCGCAGCCGAGUCAUUCCCUUGCUAGUGAAUUGCAAGGACACAUUGGACCCCCACCAUCCGAGCUGCAUUGUAGGGAGCUGCCGCUGAUCAAGGAGGCUCCAAACAACGAGUUACACCCGCCCAGAUCACAAGAUGAUGGUUUGAGAUAUGAAUUGAGCAGCGAGAGUCCGCGUAUCCAAUUUAUUGCAUAAUAGAUGGCACGGCGUACUGUAAUUGCGAGAAAACGGAAAUGAUAUGCGUUUGAUGUGUGCAAGGCCUCCAUAGAUUAGAACUCGAGGAAGCGCAGAGAGGGUGGCUACUCAUUCGAAAUGGACAUAUACCCGGGAGAAAGCUGUACGUCAACGGGAACUGCGAGUUGAGUUGGAAAUUAAUUACGUUGUAAAAAUUUCAGUGUACUAAGGGGAAGAUAAGGGCGCCGUUUGCAUCUGAUGGGCAAGCUUAAAGUUCUAUAAUCGACUAAUAUUGGCAACAAUGUACUCUAC